AUGGUGACGGUACCACAGGCGAAGACGCCGUUGACGGUGGUCGUGGUUGGAGCAGGAAUCGGGGGUAUGGCAGCUGCUCUCACACUUGGUCUGCGGGGACACCGGGUGAUUAUCGUAGAAGCAGCACCCAAGCUUAUGGAGGUUGGUGCCGGAAUUCAGGUUUCCCCGAACAUGUUGAGGUUACUCGACCGGUGGGGUGUCAGUGAUUUGAUCCACGCAACAGAUGUUCCCCUUGAGCAUAUCAACGUAUUGAGAUGGGAGAACGGAGCGGUCCUGGGCAAGAUGCCGGUCAACAAGGCCUACGGACAGCAGGUUGUCAUCCACCGGGCAGAUCUACACAACGCUUUGAUCGAAAGAGCUCUGGCCCUGCCCAAUGUUGAGCUCCGGGUCAAUUCGAUGGUUAAGGAUGUCACCUUUGAGCCCCCGUCAGUGACACUGGUCAACGAUACGGUGGUGUCUGGAGAUGUCGUGAUUGCAGGCGACGGCAUCAAAUCCGUGAUCCGCGGCAAGCUCCUGGACGAUGACAUCAAAGCGUACCCGACGGGAGAUGCUGUGUACAGAGUCAUUCUACCCCGCAGCGUGAUGGAGACGGACCCGGAGCUGAAGCAGCUGAUCGAUGAGCCCGAUGCCACCCGAUGGAUCGGACCCGGACGCCAUGUCAUCGCAUAUCCCGUUCGCAAGCACGAGCUGUACAAUGUCGUCUUGACGCAUCCGGAUCGAGGUAAUGUUGAGGAGGGUUGGACCACCAAGGGAUCAAAGCAGGGUAUGGUCAACGACUAUCUUGGCUGGGACGCCCGGGUGAGGAAGAUCAUCGAUUUGGUGCAGGAGGACGAGGUGCUGGAGUGGAAGCUCUGUCUACACAAGCCCCUCCCGACAUGGGUCAAGGGUAGUGUGGCGUUGAUGGGAGAUGCAUGCCAUCCCAUGCUACCAUACGUUGCACAGGGUGCUGCUCAAGCCGUUGAGGAUGCUGCUGCUUUGGGCGUCCUUCUUUCUGCCAUCUCCUCUCCCCGCGAGGUGCCCCUGGCCCUACAGGCCUACGAGAAGUCCCGUAAGCAGCGUGCAGACACUGUACAGCAGUCAGGGACGGACAACCGCAUCACACUGCACCUGCCUGAUGGCCCCGAACAAAGAGCGCGCGACGAGCAAUUCCGUGCCUCGAUGAAUGGAGCAUCUAAUCCCGAUAAGUGGGCCGAUCGGGAGACACAGAAGUUCCUUUGGGGGUGGGAUGAAGAGGAGCACGCCCUUCAGGCGUGGAAUGAGAUUGUUGGCGCUGAAGUGAAGGUGAAUGCCAGCUUGUAG